UUUUUAAUUAACGUUUUAUUUUUAUUUCUCACAUUUUUGUUGGCAUUACAAUAAAAGCUUGCCACGUAAAUUCGGAACCAAUUUACUGAAAUGGGAACAAAAGAGAGAUUCAACUUUCUUAAUCCGUAAGCCUAAUUUUCUCUCCUCUCUUUUACCGGUCAUCACCAUCACCUCCUGGUGGAUCCGCAACAAUAACAAUGGCGAAAUCAAGCGCCGACGAUGAAGAGCUCCGGCGAGCUUGUGAGGCGGCGAUCGAAGGAACCAAGCAAUCGAUCGUUAUGUCGAUACGCGUCGCCAAGAGUCGCGGUGUUUGGGGCAAGUCUGGAAAAUUGGGUCGACAAAUGGCUAAACCUAGAGUUCUCGCUCUUUCCGUCAAAUCGAAGGGUCAACGGAAGAAAGCGUUUCUUCGAGUGAUGAAGUAUUCAAGUGGAGGAGUUCUUGAGCCUGCUAAAAUGUAUAAACUCAAGCAUCUGUCGAAGGUGGAAGUCAUAACUAAUGACCCAAGUGGAUGCACUUUUACCCUGGGGUUUGAUAAUCUCAGGAGUCAAAGUGUUGCUCCUCCUCAGUGGACCAUGCGCAACACUGAUGACAGGAACCGACUUUUAGUUUGCAUAUUGAACAUAUGCAAAGACGUAUUAGGCCGCCUUCCGAAAGUUGUUGGUAUAGAUAUCGUCGAGAUGGCCCUUUGGGCUAAGGAUAACACUCCAGUAGUCACUACUCAAAGAAGUACAGAAGAUGGGGGGCCUGUUGCUGAAACUGUAACAGAAAGUGACUUGAAAGUUACUGUUGAGAAAGAACUAGUCUCUCAGGCCGAGGAAGAGGAUAUGGAGGCUCUCUUGGGAACUUAUGUAAUGGGCAUUGGUGAAGCUGAGGCAUUUUCUGAAAGGCUAAAGCGAGAGCUCCAAGCGCUUGAAGCGGCAAAUGUACAUGCAAUUUUGGAAAGCGAACCAUUAGUAGAUGAGGUUUUGAAUGGACUAGAGGCAGCAACAAAUAUUGUUGAUGACAUGGAUGAAUGGUUAGGAAUAUUCAACGUUAAACUUAGACACAUGAGGGAAGACAUUGAAUCGAUAGAAACUCGAAACAACAAGUUAGAGAUGCAGUCUGUAAACAAUAAAGCUCUUAUUGAGGAACUUGAUAAAGUUAUUGAGAGACUGCGUGUGCCUUCUGAGUAUGCAGCAUCCCUAACAGGAGGCUCAUUUGAUGAAGCAGACAUGCUCCAGAAUAUUGAGGCUUGCGAGUGGUUAGCCAAAGCUUUAAGGGGUCUUGAAGUGCCCAACUUAGACCCGAUCUAUGCUAAUAUGCGAGCUGUAAAGGAGAAACGAGCAGAACUAGAAAAAUUAAAAGCUACUUUUGUGAGGAGAGCUUCAGACUUCUUGAGAAACUACUUUGCUAGUCUGGUAGAUUUCAUGGUCAGCGACAAAAGCUACUUUUCUCAGAGAGGGCAGCUGAAGAGGCCUGACCAUGCUGAUUUGCGGUACAAAUGCAGAACAUAUGCUCGUCUUUUGCAACAUUUAAAGGGUCUUGAUAAGAAUUGUUUGGGACCAUUGAGAAAAGCAUACUGCAGCUCCCUGAACUUGCUCCUUCGUCGAGAGGCUCGUGAAUUCGCGAAUGAGCUUCGUGCAAGCACAAAAGUAUCACGAAAUCCUACUGUCUGGCUAGAAGGAUCUACGGGUUCUAGUCAGAAUGCAAACACUGACACCUCUGCAGUGUCAGAUGCUUAUGCCAAAAUGCUAACAAUAUUCAUCCCGCUUCUUGUAGAUGAGAGUUCCUUUUUUGCGCACUUUAUGUGCUUUGAGGUACCAGCUCUUGCUCCUCCUGGAGGUGCUGGCAAUGAUAAGAAAAGCCAGUCCAACAAUGACGAUGGUAAUGAUGAUGAUGAUCUGGGGAUCAUGGACAUUGAUGAAACUGACAAGAAAACUGGUAAAAACUCCCCAGACCUGACGGCAUUGAAUGAAUCUCUACAAGAUUUACUUGAUGGUAUUCAGGAGGAUUUCUAUGCUGUUGUUGACUGGGCAUAUAAAAUAGAUCCCCUACGGUGUAUAUCAAUGCAUGGUAUAACUGAACGUUAUCUAUCUGGUCAGAAAGCUGAUGCUGCAGGAUUUGUUCGCCUUUUGCUCGGAGAUCUGGAGUCGAGAGUUUCUAUGCAAUUCAGCCGUUUUGUGGAUGAAGCUUGUCACCAAAUUGAAAGAAAUGAACGUAAUGUUAGACAGAUGGGUGUCUUGCCAUAUAUUCCAAGAUUUGCAGCACUUGCUACUCGUAUGGAACAGUACAUACAAGGGCAAUCUAGAGAUUUGGUUGAUCAGGCAUACACAAAAUUUGUAAGCAUAAUGUUCGUGACCCUCGAAAAAAUUGCCCAGCAAGAUCCAAAAUAUGCAGAUAUUCUCCUUUUAGAAAACUAUGCUGCUUUUCAAAAUAGCCUGUAUGACCUGGCUAAUGUUGUACCCACAUUAGCCAAGUUCUAUCACCAGGCAAGUGAAGCAUAUGAACAAGCUUGUACGCGCCACAUUAGCAUGAUAAUUUACUACCAAUUCGAAAGGCUUUUCCAGUUUGCUAAAAAGAUUGAGGAUCUCAUGUAUACUAUCACCCCUGAAGAGAUACCAUUCCAGCUUGGUUUGUCGAAAAUGGAACUUCGGAAGAUGUUAAAAUCAAGCUUGUCAGGGGUGGACAAAUCGAUUGCAGCAAUGUAUAAAAAGUUGCAGAAGAAUUUAGCAUCGGAGGAGUUGCUACCAUCGUUGUGGGAUAAAUGCAAGAAAGAGUUUCUGGACAAGUACGAGAGCUUCGUGCAGCUCGUAGCCAAAGUAUACCCGAGUGAAAACGUUCCUGGAGUAACUGAAAUGAGGGGACUUUUGGCUUCCAUGUAAAAAAAAACAAGUGAUAGAACCAAAACUGAAGGCAGUUGUUAUAUAUCGCCCUUUGUUACGACGUUCUUGGUCAUUUCACAUUUCACGGAUACAAGUCAUGUUACAAGUACUGUAUGAGCACUAUUAAUUCUUUCUUUCUUUCCAUUUUUCCAGUUUUAUUUGUUGUAAUGUUAAAGCCUGCACUAAUCUAAAAUGAUUGUUUUCAUUCAAUACACGAAA